AUGUCAGAAAGUCUCAGACCAACAUACUCAGCCACGGAGAUCCGAGAGGCACUUCAGCAAGACGGUCAUCGCAUCUGGGGACUUGUCGUCUACCGCUGCACCUAUAAGAGCGAUGCCGACUGGGAUGAAUUUAUGAAACGUCUACGCUGGUGCACUCGGCGGAGCCUUGAGUUUUACCAGGGACUUGAUCUGAUGGAUAGUCUCGGCCUCACUGUCUUGGAGGACCGGUCUCGUUUCGAUGGAGCGACCACCUCCAUCAUCCGCGACCAUUUCAGACAAUGGGCGGAAACUGCUGUCGAGGCAGAGCAAGGCGCGGGAGCCCGCGCACGCGACUCCCAGCGAUACCGAUACUGCAUUCAGGUGGAUGAAGAUGCAUUAGACUCGGUGGUUCACAGGGCCCCGGCACCUUGGGGCGAAAUACGCGUUAACAAUGUGGGCUAUGUCAACCUUAUUAGCAAGGAGUGGGAGCCGUAUGACCCAGUUGAAUAUAAAGAUGAGGAAGAGAUAGUUGAAGAACCGCCUGAGGAGCCGAUCGAGGGCUGUACACUUCAUGAUGUGGGUUGGAUGAAGGUUCUCUAUGACAGGGUCAUGGUCAGCAAGUAUAACUACCUGCGCAACGACAUGGCAUGGGAGUAUGAGUAUCGUCGGCCUCCUCAGCUCUCGCUCCGUUAA